UCGUAAACAUAGAGCGAGCACAGGAAGUUUGAAGGUUCGAGCGACACGAGAGAACCAACAGAAAGCUGUGAGACAGUUUUGUUCUAUCAUGGCAGAGUUAGAUAUGGCUGCACAGAAAUGGAAUGAGGAGGGUGAUAAAGAGUUUAACAAUGGCAAUUGGUCCGAAGCCUUAAGUCACUACACGAAGGCAAUUGAACUAGCAACAGACGACGCUGAGAAAGGAUUGUAUUACGAUAAUCGAGCUGCCGCAUAUUUUGAGCAGGGCAAUUACGACGAAGCGAUUGAAGACUGCAACAGUGUGUUAAAAAUAUUCCCUAACGUUCCCGUAACAUUGUUUCGCAGAUUUUUAUCAUUAACAGAGUUAGAAAGAUUCGAGGAGGCAUUCGAGAAGAAUGAGAACGAGACAAUUAUUUCAUCUUACUCAAAUGAUACAUCUUGCUCAAAUGAUACAUCUGACUCAAAUGAUUCACCACAUCUUUAUAUACCGUUGCAAUUUCGUGAAAUUUCAGACAAAUAUAUUAAGGAAAAAGUAUCACAAAUAAUGGAUCUAGCAUUUAACGUGAGCGCAGAUCAGGAGAAACGUGAAAACGCCGUGAUUACUCUGCUUAGGCUUACACGUUGGAGAACUGAUGCCUACGAAUUCUUCAUAAAGAAAGUAGGAAAGGAUGAUGAAGUGAUCUGUAGCGCGAUUCGUAUUGUAGCCGAGUUAUGCAAAAACAAUGUUAGUCGAACUAAUUGUAAGUCCACUAUGAUAAACGUUGUUUUGCCUUGGUGUCUGAUGGAUAUAAUGAACAGCAAAUCUACAGAGAGAGUCAACGCGUCUCAAUACUGUUUACAGAUUAUAUUAAACACUUACAGCGGCAUGAACGAUGAACCCGAUUCAAAACCCGACGAGGUUUUGUGUGAGAUGCAUGAAGAAAUAAUUGACAAAUAUCUGUCAUCCUUGUUGGAUAAAAUAGAAAAUGAAACAACAACAGGCAUUGCUAGAGACGCAUUAAUAGAAUUUAUUACACGUAACAUUCAUUAUACUGCGUUAAAUUGGGCCAAAAAAUUGAUCGAGUUUGACGGUUUGCUAACAUUAAUGGAGGUAGCCAGUCAAUGCCAGAGCGAAUAUUGCAAUUCGUUGGAUAUUACGUCUUCCACACAAACUAUAACCAGCGUGUGUUUAACAAAAAUCGAUGAAAACUUGGAUGAAAAUGAUAAGAAAAGAUUUUUCAACAUCAUUAAUAAAUUUAUUAGAAAAAAUUUGAAUUCGACUGACGUAGAAUGUCAUGUGAAUGCAAUAGUUGCGAUGAUAACCUUAACAUUCGGCCCGUUUAAUGUUGCAAACACAUUUAUUACUGAAGACGGAUUUGACAUGAUAAUUGUGAAAUUUUGGAAUGAGAAUGACUUAUUGCUACAAAAAGUGAUUUGCGAAUUUAUCUAUGUCGGUGUAACCAAAUAUGACGAAUUCAUCAUGUUCAUACGUGAAAGUCUUCCUAUAUUGGAAAAACUGUUUUAUUCUGAGGACCCGAGUAAUCUUGAUAACCUGACAUCAUUCAAAUCAAUUCAGGUUCGAGCGUUCGUGAAUAUUUGCAAGAUGAGCAAAUUCGAAGAGAUAAAAUAUUUCCGGGCUGCCUGUAUGUUCGUCGACGAUGAAGUGCGGAUAUUUGUUUGGCUGGAGAUUUGCGGACAAUUUUUGAUCAGUCCUCAGAGAGAUAUGAGAAAAUGGGCCGUUGCAGGUCUGUCGUAUCUCACUUUCAAUCCCGUAGUCAAAAACACGUUGAUCGAAGACCGACAAGCCGUUGAAGCGAUAAUCGAGUUCGCCAAGACUGAAAAUCAAUCAAUUCUCUAUCAAGUGGACAUAUUGUUGGUGAACUUGUGCAGCGCUUAUGACAAGGAAGAUCUUAUAAUUGAGAAGAAAACGUUUGUCGAUCGUUUUUAUCUUAAAGAACUUAUACAGGUCGCGGACAACAACGUGAGAGAAAGACAGCGCGUGUUAGCGCAUGCCGGCGUGACCAGCGCUUUGGUGAGCCUCGCUAAAACAGGCAGCGAGAAUAGCAAGGAAUUGAUAGCCCGCGUUUUCCACGCGAUAUGCAGUCGACAGGAGUUGAGAAAAAUAGUUAUUCAAGAAGGCGGUACGGAGGCAUUGUUGUUGUUAGCGCUAAAUGGCACAGACAAGGGAAAGAUAGAUGCUACGCGAGCCCUGGUCUAUCUAGCACUUACGACAUCUCCUGAAGUUGCAUUUCCCGGUCAGAUAAUCACGGAGGUUGUACAGCCGAUCUCACAUCUCUUGAACCCAGAGCGUUCCAUUAAUGAAAGAUGCGAUGCUCUAACAGCUUUGUGCAAUCUAGCUAGUGUCAACAACAGCAUCCGAGAACAUAUAUUCAAGACAAAAUAUGAGAAAAUCGAGCGCUGUAUGCGUGACAAUGACAACCAGUUGAAGCGAACGUCCAUACAACUCACAAACAAUUUGGUAUCGUGCCGUAAAGUUGCUUUUCAACUUGUUGAGCAGAGAUCUGAUCAACUUCGUGAAUCUAUGAUGUCGUCCAUGGUGGACGACACAAAUGAAAAUAUAAUUUAUACAAAGAAGGAAUUAGCUGGAAUGUUUGUAACGUUAACGGCAGCUAGCGAAGAGGCUUGCAAAAAAUUAAUCGGCUGGGAUUUUUGGCUGAUAUAUCUACGUUUUUUACUUAAUGAUCGACACAAUGACUUACAACAUAAAGGUACCGAAAUUACGUUAAAUAUGAUGAAAAGUGCGAAAGACGUCGCUGUAAAACUCAUGGAAAUGGAUACAAUAAUGGAACAAGUGAAGGCAUUGAGCAAGAAUGACACCAUGCAAAACAAGGAGAUCAAGAAAUUAGCAUCCCUUGUUCUAGAGGCUGUUGCGGAAUGGGACAAUAUCGAGGGAAAUGUCGAAGGAAACAAAUCGUCAGAUAGCACUGAUAAUACAGAUUAAAUUCAAUUAAGAGGAUUAAAUGUGAAUAAUUAAUUGGGAUCUAAAUGACACAUUAAUAGAA